UGUGAGUGGAAUCACCUUGUCUUGGAUAGCAAGGUGCGGAGUGCUCUCUUCGACGACGCAGCGCAAUCCCUUUUUCAGGAGGGAGGUGGGCGAAAAAAUGUUGCGACCAAGUCCCGGAACGAUGAGUCCCUGAAUCCGCACGCGCAAUUGCUGUCCUCGAUUGUCCUUGACGGUGCAGUGUAGGAUGCCCGUGGCCGUGCCUUUGAGUUGUCUUUCUCCGGCCACGUCCACGAUCUUUGGAAAGUUUCGCUGGGUGUAAUCGUGGAGGUUUCCGUCGGGGAUGAGGCGAUUGUCAAACAUGGUCUCCGAUGCUCCCGUGUCUACCAGCAGGCCUACCCCGGUGGAGCUCGCGGCGAAGUUGCGUCCUGAGAUGCGGGAACACGUGCCGAACAUGAAGCCGCUGUCAAAGGCGUCCUCGUCCCGGGUGAAGUCGACAACUGCCACUUCAUUGUUUGAGUCGUGCUUGUUGGACGCCGACGAGCAGUGAGUGCAGUUGGAGCACGCGGUGAAUGCUUUACUUGAGUCCUUGGUGUCUUCCGGGCGCUUUCCUCCUUGCUGGUAGCAUUCCUCGUCCGAGUGAGACGUGGUGUUGUGCUUGGAGCACCACUUGGUAGCUCCGGCGGGCUUCGUUUUCUUCUUCGCCCUGUUCUUGAUCUUGGGGCAGUUCCUCCUGAUGUGCCCCGGCUCGUAGCAGCUGUGGCAGAUGAUGUCAGACGCGGUCGUUGCCAUGGCAAAUCCUCGACCAGCUAUGCGUCCCUUCCAUCCCUUGCGCGAUUGUUCGUCCAAGAAGAUGUUGCGCAUGGUGGAUUGCAUGUCCAGGACGUUGAAGGUUGGGUCUCUGAACACCAUCAGUUUGACGUCCUUGUAUUCGUCGGAGAAGCCCUGUACGCAGAUGUCCUUGAAGCGGCGGUCGGAGAUGGGUUCUCCCAUCUUAUCCAGCUGGGUGCGAAGUAGGUGCUUCUGGUUGAAGUAGUCGUCGGGAUUUUCACCAGGGUUCAUGGGGUUGUUCUCCAGCUCCUCCAUCUUCGCCCUGAUGACCUCGUCCGUUACCCUGUCAUAGUUGUUGCAGAGCUCCUCGAAGGCAGCUUGUCCGUCGCCGCUGAUGCCAGUGUCGUCUUCGUGCUUCUGUAUCGACAAGGCGGCUGGAAGUUCCACUAGGAGGAAAAGAAUGGCGUAGAGAUCUUCGUUUGCCCUUGUGUAGGAGUCGAAGGCCGCUGUGUCUGCGGGAUCUGGCUUCCUUUGUUUCUUCAGCAGUGGCAGGAUGUCCUUCCUGGUCACACCUAACACCACGCAGAAUUUCUUCAUCCAUGUCUUGAACUCAGCUGGGUCCUUUCCGUCGAAUUUCUUGAGGCCUUUGAUCACGGUUGCCAGGUUCGUAGAACUAUCGCUGGCGAACGCGCUUCCACCUCCUGUGUUGCUCGUUGCGGUAUCCAUUGCUCGUUCCAGCUUUAUUUUCUUCGUCUUGAUAAAAGUACUUCCUGCUGUAGGAGUAUAUUUGCUCGUGGUACAACUGCCUGUA